AUGGACAUGCGCCAUGAGCAAGGUUACCCGCCGCAAAAUGGCUGGCAGCCCGAGGGAUCAACACACGAGUCCUACUCGGAGAAACAGGACCCUCAUUCCCAAAAAGCCAACAAGUCCAAGAGAUUUAUCUGGAGAAUGUUCAGGCUCGGUGCUACAUUAGCACUCGCUAUUACCGUACUGGUCCUCACUCUCAUCAUCCUCCUUGCUGGAAGGCACGGCGAUGGAAGCAGUGACCUUUCCCUCGUCACAAUCAACAUGACCGACUUUGCCCGCUUCAACCCACCGGUGAUCACCCUCGUGGACAACAACACAGAGGCCACCAAGACUAAGCGAGGCAUCGGAUCCUUCUUCAGCGACGCCGCAGAUAAAGCCGGGGAUGCCGCAGACUCGAUUGAGACCUUUGCCUCCGGCGCUGCGUCAGCCGUCGAGUCCGCGGCCGGGGCCGUCGCGACCGCCGCCUCGGAGGAGGCCGACAAGAUCAUCGGCGAGAUCGGAGACAAGCUCGAAGAUAUCGAGAACGCCGUCGUGGGACUCAUGGAAAAGGUCCUCAGCUCCAUUCAGGACGCCCUGAACAAGUGGCUCCAGGAGGCUGCUAGCGCCCUUGACGACAUAGACAUUCCAAGGACCAUGUCUCUGCACCUGACGACGUACUGCAGCGGCAAUGCUACGAGCUCGAGCUCGAACUCGACGAGCGACUCCAACUCCACGACGACAUCGACAUCGUGCACACGCCUCUUCUCUACUGCUGACACCUCCUUCAACUCCACCGCCAACAACGGCACCAUCUUUGGCUUCCAGCCAGGCGCCGUCCUCGCCAAGGCGCUCGGCGUCUUCUUCGUGCCCGAGGGCGCGCAGACGGCCAUCCGCGAGCCGGUCGACAGCGCCGUCAACACGGUCGACAGGCUGGUGCACCAGGCGGGCGAGGAGCUCUCGACCUGGACCGUCAACCUGCUCUUCAUCCCCAUCGUCGUCAUGUACGCCCUGGCCGCCUUCUUCACCUGCCUGCUGCUCCUCAUCCUGCUCGCCGCCACCGCGCUGAGCUUCCGCUCCGACGAGGGCCUGCCGCCCAAGGUCUACAGCCUGUGCGGCACGAUCGCCGCCGCCGCCGCGUUCUUCCUCCUGCUGGGGAGCGUCAUCCUCACGGUCAUUGCUAUGGUUGCCUACGUUGUGGGCCUCGCCGUGGGCGUCGUCGAUAUCACCGUGUCGUCGAGCUCCCAGCUCAAGUGGAUGUCAUGGGCAGCUUUCGCUAUCAUGGCAUUUGUGGCUAUUUCACUCAAGGUCGAGGAGUUUGUGGCUGAGUGCGUGUUUUGGUGGAACUUCCUUGGGAAGCUUUUUGGGAAGAAGGGCAAGGGAGGCACAAAGGACAUGUUUCGAGAGCACUCGGGGCACCACUGA